GCUGAGUUUAAGUGAUGUUAUAACAGUAUGAACAAAGGGUGUAUUCGUUGCAUGUGCACAUUGAGGAAUUAUUUCCAUGUAUCUAAAAGUGUCACAAGGGCAAGCACAAGGAUAGUCGGCUCCAGUUUUGACAAUCAAUCACAUAAACAAACUGCAUGUGGACAAUCUAUAUGUAUAACAGAUGUUAAAAGAUGUUACUCCACAAAAGAAAGAACAACAGAAAAAAAGUAUAAACAUGGAAAAUUGGUCGUCGAAGAAGAAGAAGAUCCAUUAUUGUAUCCAAAAUUUUUAAUAACAUUAUCUGGCACAGAUGAGGCUGUUCUGGAAAAUUUUUUUCACUUCGUAAAAAAAGCUGCAAAAAUGACUGACAUUAACCUAACAAAGAGCUUUCCAAUGCCUGCGCACGAGGAAAGCUAUCGUGCUAAACGUGUUGGGGACGGUUUGCAAAAGGAAGUUGAGUAUAACUUUAAACAGUAUCAACGUGUCAUUGAGAUUUCUGACUUGACUGGUUACAAAGUAGAUUUAUUUUUGGACUACGUUCAGAAAUCCCUUCCAAGUGCUGUUCAAAUUAAAAUGGAACUGAAACGAUGGGAGAUGCUCGUCGAUCCAAAUCACAUCACUCUUCGUAAUUUGAAUAAUUGAGUAAUUUUGUACUUUACAAAUUUUCUGGAUGAUCGAGACCUCAACAAAACUCCAAAGGAAUGCGCAACGUUAUGUUUGAAGAAAAGAAACAUUAUAUAUAAACUUAACUCAUUUUAAUUUUUCUGCAAAAUGCCAUUUUUUAAUGACUAUCUUA